AUGGCGAAACUCACGAGCAUAGUCAUCAUUGCGGCGUUGGGAGUACUGGGUUUAGUAGUUGCAGAUGCUCACCGGACCAUAAUCACCACCAUGGAAGUGGAGGAAGAAGAGUACAACCAAAGGCAGCAUGAGCGGUGCAGGCAAAUGAGAGCCCGGGAGGAGAUCGGGAGGUGCGCAGAGUACCUGACGCAGCAAAGCAGGAGGCCAUAUGUUUUGGAGAUGCGUGGAAUCGAGAACCAGAGGAGGAGAGGAGGGGAGUUGUUGAAUGAGUGUUGUAAUGAGUUGAGGAACGUGGAUGAGGAGUGUAGGUGUGAACUUCUGGAGGAAAUUGUUAGUAUGGAGAGGAGAAAAGGAGGAGGACAAGAAGAAAGGCAGAUGUUUCAAAGAGCUAGAAACUUGCCUUCCAUGUGUGGAAUCCGUCCACAACAAUGCUACUUCUAA